AUGCCUUCAGAGCAUACUUUUUUACCAAACAUAGCGAGCAAAUUGGCUGAAGACAAGUUUUGCUUUGAAGGGUUUCUUGAAUGCGUAAAAAAACUCACCACGCCUAAAAUCAUUCCAACGGCUCCUGGCAAAAAAAAGGCCAAUAAAAAGUUCAAACGGACCGAAAAGAACUUCACUACAAACUCAGAGCAGCAGCAUCUUCAAGAGUCCAUUUCAUAUUCCUUCUAUCUUACUCAACUGGUUCGAAUAGCCUCUGGAAAAGAAGCCACUUUUGGAAGGGGCAGAUGGCCUGGAGUUGGAAUUCCACUUGUAACUUUGCUUUUUACAUCAUCGCAUGCAAACUCGUUUGCAGCACUAAAUACUCAGCUUAUCACCAGGUCGAUUCCAACAAGCGCAUCGAGUCAGUUGCUUCCCUAUGACGGACCUUGUAGGUGGGAUCAAAGGCUGGUUAUAUUUAAUUUUGGAAAGGAGAAAAUAGCAAACACUGGACACCUAUCGAAAUUGCUGCCCAUCAUCUUCAAUGAUUGUUGUUCUGUCAAAGACGUGCUGUCUAAUGUGGAGCAGAUAUUUGGUCUCUCUUCUUCUUCUAAACACAUGCUUUCUAAGGGCAUUUUGGUGGGGCUAAGGAUGGCCGAUGCCACUGCAUCCGCCACGGAAACUAAAUAUCAUUCGAUAACUGUGCGCUUUAUUACGCAGAGUGAUAAAGAAUCUAGGUGGCCCUUUCCAGAAGAUUAUGCCAAAGAUACCAAAAAGGUAUCUCCAAUCAAUUUUUAUUUGAUAGAGAAGUGA